AAUCAUCAGUCAUCACCAUAUCCAAAUUCCUUUUAUCUUAAAGAGCAUUUGCAUCUAUUCAAUAUUCACAUAGCAAGUAGAGAAACACUUUCUGUAUUAUAUUCACUCUGCUGGAGCAAUGGAGAGUCAAGUUGUAAGGCGAAGAGUUAACAUGAUUACUGCACAUUUAACUGCACAUGAUGAUAUUUCCGCCUCCGCUACUCAUCUCUUUCCUAUGAGCUGUAGCAGUAGCUUGAAUUCUGCAAUUCCGAGGUACGACAACAGAAUGAACUAUGCACGACAAAGUUCCAGUUCUCAAGCUUGUUUCAUGAGGCCUAAUUCAAGUGAACAGGGAAGCUGUACUGAAUCCGCCUCGUCUUUCAAGGCUAACGAUUAUGCAAAAAAGAGUUCUCGCGCCUUUGAAGGACCAAUGUUUUCUAGACCUGCAAAUAAUACUACACAAGAUUGCAAACUCAAUGGAACUGCUGAAGAAGCUCCUAAAUUUGCUAGGCCACGUACAAGGACUAACGAAGCACCUCGUUUCCAAUUGAAAGAAAGAAGAAAUGAACUUGAAUCUAACGGGAGUGAAUGGUCUCCUAGGAUGGAUGUUGCAGAAUCUGGAAGCAUGUACGUUGUAUCUAUAGAACUUCCCGGUGUCAAUAUAAGUGAUAUAAAGGUAGAAGUCAGUGACAAAAGCUUAACAGUUUCUGGAAAUCGUUCAACUCAGUGUAAAGUGGCAUCAUACUUGAAUGGCUUGGUAUCAGCCUAUCACAAAAAGGAGAUUGUGCAAGGACCAUACCGAGUUUUCUGGCGUCUUCCAAGUAAUGCUAAUAAAGAUCGCGUCUCAGCUGAGUUUGUGGACGGACUUUUACAGAUUGCAAUCCCGAAACUUUGAGAAACAUGGCAAUCAAUCAAGGCAAAUAUAUACGUGUAAAAUAUAUACUCGCAACAGAAGUUACCAUACAACUUGAACCAUGUAUAAGUAACACGCUUUUUAAUGGACACUAGUGUAAAUCACCAUUGAUUAUGAGCUAUACUUGUAAUGCUACAUUAGUAGCCAUAUAAGAGUAUAUACAUAAAUGUUCAUGUCAUGAGUGUUCAAGUUAUAUAUAUGGGGAAAAAGACCAAAUUUAUAUUUGAACUAUGUGAAAUGA